AUGAACCCCAACGAGAGCAACACGGACCACAAGGUCCUGAUAGCCGAUCUGCCGAUGAUGUGGCCGAGCGAUAUGCGCCGCUUCGAGAAGGAAGGUGGGGUGUGGGGGCAACAGUUUAGACAGCGGCGCCGCCAACUCACUUUUGCGCUGACCAUGUCCGUGGCGUCGACGCUGCUCGGGUCGUGGUAUGUUGUGAUGCGGCGCAGAAACACGUACUUUGUCCUCUUCUCUACUUUCAGCGGCUUUUCGGUGCUCGGCUUCUGCGUCGGCAUGUCGCUCGCCCCGCUGUGGUACGAGAAUGUGGCGAACAACAAGGAGACGUCGAUGAUGCGGCGGGUAUGGUGGGCGAAGGAAUGCGCGAAGCACUGGGACUACUCGCAGGUGAACAAGGAUCGCUGGACAGCAUCGUAUCCCAAGGCCGCGUAUCCGUGCAAGAAGAUCGAGUAA